AGAGACAAAAUUCGGGUUGAGGUUAUAACGUAACAAUUUUUUUCGUGAGAAUUGCAGUGAAUUAUCCUUUUCUAUCUCAUAACAUGCAAGAAUAAGACAUUUGAUAGUUCAGAUUUUCGAGCCCUUGCACGCAUUAAUGCAUUGAGUUUUCGGUCUACUGAUCCAUCCUGAUCCAAUCAACGAUUGCAACUCGGAAAACCUGGCCUCAAGCCCACAGACGGCACUGCAAAAUGACGUCACAGCUGACUUCCCCCACUCUCCUGUCAAACACGAGGUUUGGCAGCGAGAGAAGCUGAAAAAUACUCCAAAACGAACGAAAAGUUCGUUCAACAAUUCCAUUUGCGCUUUAAUAAUUAAAAAUAUUCAAGAUGACGACGAGGGAAAUAAUUACUCUCCAACUGGGGCAUUACGCUAAUUACGUUGGGGCUCACUGGUGGAAUUUACAGGAGGCGAAUUUCUCUUACGACCCGGCAAAUCCCUCGGAGGUAAACAACGACGUUCUGUAUCGGGAGGGUGAGAGCCCAAGAAGAGAAGUGACAUUCACCCCCCGAUUGCUCGUUGUGGACCUGAAAGGUUCCCUCGGUUACCUUGCAGAACGAGGAUCCCUCUACGACCCAGUACCCGACCCAGAUGCCGGUCCCUCCGACGUCUGGGACCCCGAGAACCUGGACAUCACUACCGAGGACCCCCUCCCCAAGUCUUCAUUCAUCCAGAGCUUGGAGAAGACGAGAGAAACUGGGGAGGACCAGUCCCUCGACCUUGAGAGCGAAAUUAACAGUUGGGUGGAUUACUUAGUCCCCAGGUUCCACCCCAGAACCGUCAACAUCGUCAGGGAGUACCAGCACAAGGGCUCAAACCCUCCAUUCGAUGUUUUCCAUUAUGGGAGGAACCUCUGGUGCACUGAGCAGUUCCAGGACGAUUUCUCGGACAGAAUCAGGGCUUAUGCUGAGGAGUGCGACCUCAUGCAAGGAUUUCAGGUGCUCCUGGACUCUUCGAACGCCUUCGGAGGUCUCGCCACCUCAUGCAUCGAGCACCUCCGCGACGAAUACAACAAGAGCAUCCUGGCCUUUCCCCUGAUCGAAUCCCAGAGCUCCAAGCCCUCAGCAUCAGAUCAGUUGAAAGCAGUGAACCUCGCCCUGUGCUACCAGCAGUUAAACGAGCAUUCGUCACUAUUCAGUCCCCUCUGCUGCGGGGAGAGUGGCUGGCUGACCCCAGGCCCACCCAGAGCCUUUCCCAAUUUAAUUUACAAUCCCGAGUUGAGGUACCACUCCAGCGCUAUUCUGGCAACAGCCCUGGACACGUUGACAAUCAGAUACAGGCACAAGCAGCACAGCAUGUCCUCUCUGUCAGACUUGUGUGCUGACCUCAAUAAAUUGGGGAGGAAGGCAGCAGCCACGAGCCUCAGUCUCCCUUUUCCAAUGGCAACCAAACGCGAUCUGAUUGACGUACUCGACGACCUGGAGGGCCCCCUCUGGACGAGUCUCACCCCCAGGGUGAGUGUCUCCGGGGACAGGUGCAUGCAGAGUGUCACCUUGAGGGGCAUCAGCGAGGAGAGGCUCAAGAGACCCCUCGCCGAGGCCAAGAAGCAGAUGGGGAAAGCUGCCUACAGGUGCUCAACUGUUCACGAGAUGAUGAGCAUGUAUCUCGCUUACUCCUGUCACGCCUCUGCCACGCAUCUCACGACGCUCAAGGCUGGGCUGAAGGUCUCGGGGCCUUUCCCGAAGGUUUUCGGGGGAAAUGUUCAUGGGAAUGGAGACGUCGCUGGCUGGCCCGUUGGAGAAGAGGUAAAAAGCGUUCCAGUAUUGUCAGGGAUUCACAGUACCCCAGAGCUCUCAAAACUGUUCGAGUCCCUCCACGAUUCAUUAUCCUCAAUAAAAAAUAUCAAGAGGUUCCACGCCCUCGAGGACUCGGGUCUCGAGCAGGACGAUUUCACCGAGUGUUUGAGCCACUUGCUGGACAGCAAAGAGAAUUACGAGGAUCACUACGUCUAAUCACUACCUCAAUUUUGUAUUGUUCAAUGUGAUUUAAAAUAUACGAGCGAUAUUUUGACGAGUA